CCUGCUCCACCCCGAGCCUAGGGCAGCACAAAAGCCAAUCGCUAGCAAACUUCCUGCCUAGCAAGGCCCUGCCUGGGGCAGAAAUGGCUGCAAGUGGCCGAGGUCUCUGCAAGGCUGUGGCCGCCUCUCCCUUCCCGGCUUGGAGACGAGCUCACACGGAAGCCGGGGGAGGUCUGAAGCCUGAGUAUGAUGCGGUGGUGAUAGGAGCAGGACACAAUGGACUGGUGGCUGCAGCGUACCUACAGAGACUGGGGGUGAACACUGCUGUCUUCGAGAGGCGCCAUGUGAUUGGGGGUGCAGCUGUCACUGAGGAGAUCAUCCCAGGAUUUAAGUUCUCCCGCGCGUCCUACCUGCUCAGCCUGCUGAGGCCGCAGAUUUACACUGAUCUGGAGCUGAAGAAACAUGGGCUGAGGCUUCAUCUUCGAAAUCCCCACUCCUUCACCCCCAUGCUGGAAGAGGGUGUAGGCAGCAAGGUGCCCAGGUCCCUUCUGCUGGGCACAGACAUGGCAGAAAACCAGAAGCAGAUCGCCCAGUUCUCCCGGAAGGAUGCCCAGGUCUUUCCCAAAUAUGAGGAGUUCAUGCAUCUCUUGGCAUUAGCCAUUUACCCUUUGCUGGAUGCGGCCCCUGUGGACAUGGCAGCCUUCCAGCGUGGCUCCCUGCUGCAAAGGAUGAGGUCGCUCUCCACCCUCAAGCCCCUGCUGAAGGCAGGCCGCAUCCUGGGAGCCCAGCUUCCCCGAUACUACGAGGUCCUCACAGCUCCCAUUACCAAGGUGCUGGAUCAGUGGUUCGAGUCUGAGCCUCUAAAAGCUACUCUAGCCACAGAUGCUGUGAUUGGAGCCAUGACAAGUCCCCACACUCCGGGGAGUGGGUAUGUGCUGCUGCACCAUGUGAUGGGGGGCCUGGAGGGGAUGCAGGGGGCCUGGGCCUACGUCCAGGGGGGCAUGGGUGCCCUCUCUGAUGCCAUCGCAAGCUCAGCCACCACACAUGGAGCAAGCAUCUUCACUGAAAAGACAGUGGCGAAGGUGCAGGUGAACAGUGAAGGCUGUGUUCAAGGAGUUGUGCUGGAAGAUGGCACAGAGGUGAGAAGCAAAAUGGUGCUGUCCAACACAUCACCGCAGAUCACCUUCCUGAAGCUGACGCCACAGGAGUGGCUUCCUGAGGAGUUCCUGGAGAGAAUCUCUCAGCUGGACACCCGGUCGCCUGUCACCAAGAUCAAUGUGGCCGUAGACAGGCUGCCCAGCUUCCUGGUGGCCCCCAAUGCUCCCAGGGGCCAGCCGCUGCCCCAUCACCAGUGCUCCAUCCACCUGAACUGUGAAGACACCCUCCUCCUUCAUCAGGCCUUUGAAGAUGCUGUGUACGGCCUGCCUUCCCACAGACCUGCCGUCUCUCCUCCCUGCCCGCACAGGCCUAUGAUUGAGCUCUGCAUCCCUUCCUCGCUGGACCCCACCCUGGCUCCCCCCGGCUGCCACGUAGUCUCCCUCUUCACUCAGUACACGCCCUACACGCUGGCUGGAGGCAAGGCCUGGGACGAGCAGGAGAGAGACGCUUAUGCAGACAGAGUGUUCGAUUGCAUCGAGGCCUAUGCCCCUGGCUUCAAGGACUCUGUGGUUGGCAGAGACAUCCUCACACCACCAGAUUUGGAGAGAAUCUUCGGGCUUCCUGGAGGGAACAUAUUCCACUGUGCCAUGUCCCUGGACCAGCUCUACUUCGCCCGCCCCGUGCCCCUGCAUUCUGGCUACCGCUGCCCUCUCCAGGGCCUGUAUCUCUGUGGAAGUGGGGCUCAUCCUGGAGGAGGUGUGAUGGGAGCUGCUGGGCGAAAUGCAGCGCAUGUGGCCUUCAGGGACCUCAAGAGCAUGUGACCCUGAACCAGCUCUGACCCAGGAAGAAGACUCCACCCCUGAAUUCCAAGUGCUCCAUUGGAUCAGCUUCCCGGGAAGUUCAGCUUCGGGUUAGUACGUAAGGCCACCACAAUGCUCAAGAAAUUAUUUUAGAAAAAAUGUACAAGUUACAUUUAGUGCAAGUUAACCUUAUGCCCAUGCCUCCAUACAUGGACUGGUUCUGUUUUAUUAAAACUAAUAUUUCAUACAGAUAA